AUGGUUGACAUUGCAUCUAUAUCAACGAAAGAAAUACAAACUUUGAAACACUUUGCAUUUGUUUGGCUCGAUUCAAAUGCUAAACAAAGUGAUCGGAUUCAAACAGUUAUACAAAACUUAGAGCAAAAUCAUAUCGAUAUUACUUCGAUCAUUGAUUGCGUUCAAUUUCAACAGUGGUUCGAAUCGUACAAGUCACAGAAACAGAUUAUUCUUAUUCUGUCUAAUAAGUUUCGAAAUAAAAUUAUACCAAAAUUUCACGAAUCACAAUCCAUCAUUGUCAGUUCUGACAAAAACGAGCUCAUAAAACAAAUAUCGAGAAAUUUGACGGAUUCGGCAAUGAUGGGCAGACCGAAAUCUGAUAAGGUGGCUAUAAAACGAUCACAUGAUUGUACUUACAUAUCUGAAAUAGAGAAUCCGUGGAGGAAGCGUACACAAAUUGAGCCAGCUUGUCUCACUACUUUUCAAUUUGUUCUUAUCGACUUGUUGACACGUUUCAAUAAACGAGCCUCGGCCAUGUUAGAUUGUUUGUGUUUAUUGAUGAAAGAUUCAAUAAUCAUUAAAGCCCAUGCUUCAAUUCUCGAUUUAAAGCAUCUGCCUAAUAAGACCACGAUAUUCUUUGUAAGUAGUGAGUGUGCUGCUGAAAUGGCAGGCGAACUAGAACAUGGUGAACCAAUUUUCAUAUUAGAAAAUGAUAAAAACAAAGUCGAUUAUCGAAAACGAUUCGAUAAUGAUGAAGAUCUCAUCUUCCAAUUGGCAGAUGAAAUAUAUCGAUGUUGUAAAAAAGAAUCAAUGGAAUUGUUAGAAUCUGACCAAUCAUCAUUAGCGGAAGAAAAGAAUGCAGUAGCUAAUCAAAUCCAUGUCGAAUUGAAAAAAGCAUACAAAUCAGUGUCUACAAAUGAAACCGUACCAUUUAAUGGCACAACAAUACUCGUCUCAGUCAUAUCAAAAUUAGCCUGA